GGUCCGGGAUGGCAGCCCCAGCCGGCAGCUCUAGCCUCCUGCCAUAAAUGUACCUCUGCACCUCUGCAGAGGGGGAAUAUUCUCGAACCACGCAGUCAGGAAAAGAAAAAAAUAGGGUAUAUUUACAUCUCUUUUACUGAAAGAUCUGCAAAGACAUCCAUGUUCUCACAGAAAACAAGCAACUGCCUUUUUCUUUUCCUGGAAGAAAUUUGAGAAACUUGAUGAAAAGUAUUACUAAAUAACACGGACUGCUGGUCUGAUACCGACCACAGACUCCCUACUAACAGUAAAAGUCUCUUGAUCCCUCCUUGCAGAGCACAUGGAACAGCUGGUCACUGGUUUGCAGCAGCUGCCCAAACAGCAUAAUGGAAAUUGUUUGGAAAAAACAUCCCCUGGCUCACGUCCCUGGCAGAAUUGGCAGUAUCCUCAACACCCAAGAGCUUGUCUCUUAAAACAUGGUCCAAACUUUAGAGCAUCUGUCGAGGAGAAAGUGCGCUGAUUAAAGCCCGUCACGUUGAAGAGAUGAUUCUGCUGGUGGCCAUAGCAGAAGUGCUGUUGGUCUUGGGUAUGGCUGUGGAGUCAGACUCUCUCUGCUCACCCAUGACCUUUUACAAGAACUGCUGGAUCCGUCGCUUCCCAGGUCUUCUGAUUGACCUGCAGGAAUCGCAGAAGAGGGGAGCCCAAGUGUUGAAGAUUUAUGCAGAAGUCUCACCCCAACAGUGCAGCAGAACCUGCUGCCUUCUGAGGAAUGUUUCCUGCAAUCUGGCAGUGUUUUACCAUGGAACUAUUCAUGAGAACAUGAAUUGCCUGCACGUGUCUUGCCCAGCAUUGGAAAGUUGCAUACUAAAGGCUAGAAUCAAUGUCAUUUUGUACAACAUCACAACAGGGGUUGAUCCAGAUCUUAUUAUCUUUGAAAAACUGACAUCUAAAGAUCCAAAUAUUCACUCUUCACCAAGUAAAAAUGAAAAGCAAAACAGCACAAAGACCACCGAGUGGGAAAGAUGCCAGCAUCAUAAUGCCACAUCAAGUUCUCUUCUGCUCCAAACUCCGUCUUCUACGACUAGCCAGAGCCCAACAGCAACCACUUACACCUCCAGCACAAGUCUGAUGGUCCAAAAAACUGAAGUUACUAGUUAUUCUAGGCCAGAAACCUUUCCACUGGAUGAUCAUUUUGCUAAGUGGACAAGCACAACUUCAGUAAGCACCAAGUCAAUCACCAGCUCAGACAAAAAGACUUUACACUCAACUUUGACAUCCAAGUCUGCCAAGGUAUUAUCCCACAUGCCCACUCCUCCCCGUCUGAACAGCAGUAAGCAACACUUGAAUGAAACCAAAGGCUACAGCGGUAGGAAUUAUACUUCGGACAAUGAGGCACCUGCUUGGGAAGCUGCAGCUUUAAGUGUCUGGUUGAUUCCUGUUGUUCUUUGCUCAUCUAUCAUCUUCCUUUGCUGUUGUACUGUUGCUUUCACAGCAGGGCGUUGCAGAAACAAGAGAGGUCAGUAUAAACCCGUAAGGAGAAGAACAAUGUUAUGACAAUUCAUAAAAUAUACUACUGUCAAAGGUAAUUUGUAAAAUAAUGUCGACAUCCUUGUUUCAGAACAAACAGCUUUUUAAAAAUGAAGCAUGUAUACUAGCUUAUUUCUUUUACAGAACCAAAGAUAAUUUUUUUAACUGAUGGCUUCGGAAUCUCCCACUUGUAACUUAAUUCUCUACAGAUGAAACACAACUGCCUUGUCCCUUUACAUAAGAAAUACACACUUACAGCUCUCCGUGCGUUCUCAGAGGUGUUAGAGCACAUUUUGGUUCAUAAUCUAACCCUGACAAAAGGCUAACAUACAGUAUACACUUUCCCUAACUUAAGUGAGCAGCUUCGCUGCAGCUGUAUGUAUCCUUUCCCCUGACUUUAACCUGAGAAAAGUAUAAGUGUAAUCAGUAAAACCGAAUGGUUUUAUAGUAUCAUAAAAUCAUUUAACUCUAAUAAUCCUUUAAUUGCUUAGGAUCUCAUUGUUUCUGUAAAAACUGACCAUUUUUCUCUAACUAAAUUCUAGAUUCACCUUUUUUCCCUAUUUAUCCCUAAUAUUGAGAUAAAACAAUUUUACCAGCACUCUUUACUUCUUCAAACAAAAGCACCUAAAAGAACCCAAGUCCCCCAAACUACUGAACUCCAUUAACUCCUACCACAAAAUCUGAUCACUCAAUCUUUAUGCUUUACUCUUACCCCACUUCUCACGUCACUCUUCUGAUAACAAACACUUCAACUGUUUUUCAAGCCCUCGUAGAAGCACCUUCACACUUCAAGUGCUUUUGUAAAGUUACUUGCUUUGCAAUGCAUUGACAAAUCCAUUCUCUUACUGGCUAAGGAAAACACAAAUGUGGCUAACAUUUGUUCAUGCCUUGCAAUCACAGCAUCAAUCUGUGCUGUCCACCUUGACUUGCUUGUUCUUGCCUACUUGUAUUUAUCCUUUACAUCAUUCACUUUUUAAAAUGGGAAUAUUAAUUUAAUGUAUGUUGCACAGGAAUAGACAAUAUGUUUUGAAAGCUAUAGAAUUUAGCUUUAUAAUAAAAAAUCCCUUUUUUGUACUCUGCUCAUAAAAGUGCUCCUCCUGAAUAUAAAUCAAGUGACUAGAUCAACAAGGUAGGAAGGUAUUUCCUUGCCUUACCUUACUCAGGAAGUUUGCUUUUCAACAGUAAUCAGAAUUGUUCUUCCCUUUUUAAACUUGUUGAUGGCUCAGAGUUUCUCACUUUCUUCACUUGCUGUAAGAAUUUUCUAUUGCCCAGACAAGUGUAAAUGUUAUAAAAGGAAAGAAUAAAACUGAUUGUCAUUCUAUGUGGCAGAAAA